AAGACCUGCUACUGGUACCUGAACCAGACCAGCCGGAGCUUCGCCGCCGUCAUCCAGGCUCUGGACGGGGAGCAGCGUCAUGCUGUGUGCGUAUUGUACCUGGUUCUCCAAGCUCUGGACACUGUAGAAGAUGAUAUGACCAUCAGUUUAGAAACCAAGGUCCCAAUGUUGCAUGACUUCCACUCCUAUCUGUAUCAGCCGGACUGGAGAUACAUGGAGAGCAAGGAGAAAUAUAAGCAAGUGCUUGAGGACUUUCCAACGAUCUCCUUGGAGUUCAGGAACCUGGCAAAAGUGUAUCGAGAUGUGAUUGCAGAUAUUUGUCACAAGAUGGGAGCUGGUAUGGCCGAGUUCUUGCAAAAGAAGGUUGAGUCCCUGCAAGAGUGGGAUAAAUAUUGUCACUACAUUGUUGGGCUGGUGGGCACUGGCCUUUCCCGUCUGUUCUCUGUGCUGGAGCUAGAAGAUCCUAUCAUAGGACAGGACACAGAGCUUGCCAAUUCCAUGGGCAUCUUCAUUGAGAAAACCAUCAUCAUCCGUGAUUAUCUGGAGGACCAGCUGGCAGGAAGAGAAUUCUGGCCCAGAGAGGUUUGGAGCAGGUAUGCCAAGAAGCUGUCAGAUCUUGCCAAGCCAGAGAACAUUGACGUGGCAGUCCAGUGUAUGAAUGAACUGAUCAUAAAUGCUUUACACCAUAUUCCUAAUAUCCUCACCUACUUAUCUAGACUGAAAACCCAAAGUGUCUUCAAUUUCUGCGCUAUUCCGCAGGUGAUGGCCAUCGCCACUCUGGCGGCCUGUUACAAUAACAAACAGGUAUUUAGGGGGGUAGUGAAGAUUCAGAAAGGACAAGCUGUCACUUUAAAGAUGGAUGCCACAAACAUACAAGCAGUCAAGGCUAUAAUGUACCAGUAUGUGGAAGAGAUCUAUCGGAAGAUUCCAAGCACAGACCCGUCUUCUAACAAGACCCAGCAGAUCAUUGUCUCUAUCCAGACAAUAUAUUUUCCCAAUGGCACGGUGGUCUCCCGUAACCGUUACUCCCCCAUCUACCUCUCGUGCGCCAUGUUUCUGGCAGCGCUGAGCUGGCGGUAUCUGAGUGCGAUGUCAGAGGCAUUGGAGGAGGACAUACAAGCCAAGGAAAACUGAGGGUUGGUUGGGUGAAGGUAGUGGUUGGGUAAUGCUGGGAACAGGUUAAUGUCUCUUUCCUAUUGGGUCUGCUGCCCUGUGGGAUUCCAGACUGUGGAAGCUGUGAAUGGAAAGGUGCUGGCUGACCUGCAGCUAUUAGGUGUCUUGAAGCCACUAGCUCCUAGCUGGCAGCCGGAGUCAGAUUUUUUCGUUGUUCGGAUGAACAAGUUACAAAUGCGACAGUUGGGGUCUCUUUAUGGGAAAUGGUGUUUUACCUGAAUUCUGACCGUGAUAUUUUUUUCAUAGAAAUUCAGAUUGCCUCCCUCGAU